UGUUUUUACCCCUCCCUCCUGGCCUUGGUGGCUUCCUCAAAGUGUCUGUGGUGCCUGAAAUACCACAGUUCACACUUCUUUCAGGGCCUUGUUCCUUUAAGUCAUGACUCUUAAAGCUCUUCUGGUCACAGCCCUAGCCUUGUGUCAUGGCUUCAAUCUGGACACUGAACAUCCCAUGACCUUCCAAGAGAAUGCAAAAGGCUUUGGACAGAGUGUGGUCCAGCUUGGCGGAACCAGUGUGGUUGUUGCAGCCCCCCAGGAGGCAAAGGCUGUUAACCAGACAGGUGCCCUCUACCAGUGUGACUACAGCACAAGCCGGUGUCACCCCAUCCCCCUGCAAGUACCUCCAGAGGCUGUGAAUAUGUCCUUGGGCCUGUCCCUGGCUGUUUCUACUGUCCCCCAGCAGCUGCUGGCCUGUGGCCCCACGGUGCACCAAAACUGCAAGGAGAAUACUUAUGUGAAUGGAUUGUGCUAUUUGUUCGGCUCCAACCUGCUGAGGCCGCCCCAGCAGUUCCCAGAGGCUCUCAGAGAAUGUCCUCAGCAGGAGAGUGACAUUGUCUUCUUGAUUGAUGGCUCCGGUAGCAUCAACAACAUUGACUUUCAGAAGAUGAAGGAGUUUGUCUCAACUGUGAUGGAGCAGUUCAAAAAGUCUAAAACCUUGUUCUCUUUGAUGCAGUACUCGGACGAGUUCCGGAUUCACUUCACCUUCAAUGACUUCAAGAGAAACCCUAGCCCAAGAUCACAUGUGAGCCCCAUAAAGCAGCUGAAUGGGAGGACAAAAACUGCCUCAGGGAUCCGGAAAGUAGUGAGAGAACUGUUUCACAAAACCAAUGGGGCCCGGGAGAAUGCUGCGAAGAUCCUAGUUGUCAUCACAGAUGGAGAAAAAUUCGGUGAUCCCUUGGAUUAUAAGGAUGUCAUCCCCGAGGCAGACAGAGCAGGGGUCAUUCGCUACGUAAUUGGGGUGGGAAAUGCCUUCAACAAACCACAGUCCCGCAGAGAGCUCGACACCAUCGCAUCUAAGCCAGCUGGUGAACACGUGUUCCAAGUGGACAACUUUGAAGCCCUGAAUACCAUUCAGAACCAGCUUCAGGAAAAGAUCUUUGCAAUUGAGGGCACGCAGACAGGAAGUACCAGCUCCUUUGAGCAUGAGAUGUCUCAAGAAGGCUUCAGUGCUUCCAUUACCUCUAAUGGUCCCUUGCUGGGCUCUGUGGGGAGCUUUGACUGGGCAGGUGGAGCCUUCCUGUAUACAUCGAAGGAUAAAGUCACCUUCAUCAACACAACCAGAGUGGAUUCAGACAUGAAUGAUGCUUACCUGGGUUAUGCUUCUGCAGUCAUCUUGAGGAACCGUGUCCAAAGCUUGGUUUUAGGAGCACCUCGGUAUCAGCAUAUUGGCUUGGUGGUGAUGUUCAGGGAGAAUUUCGGUACCUGGGAGCCCCACACUAGCAUCAAGGGCAGCCAGAUUGGCUCUUAUUUUGGGGCCUCCCUUUGCUCUGUGGACAUGGACGCUGAUGGCAAUACCAACUUGAUCCUCAUUGGGGCCCCUCAUUACUAUGAGAAGACCCGAGGAGGCCAGGUGUCAGUGUGUCCCUUGCCUCGAGGGCAGAGGGCACGGUGGCAGUGUGAAGCUCUUCUCCACGGUGAUCAGGGUCAUCCCUGGGGUCGCUUUGGGGCAGCCCUGACAGUGCUGGGAGACGUGAAUGGGGACAAACUGACAGAUGUGGCCAUUGGGGCCCCAGGAGAGCAGGAGAAUCAGGGCGCUGUCUACAUUUUUUAUGGAGCAUCAAUAGCCAGCCUCAGUGCCUCCCACAGCCAGCGGAUCAUAGGCGCCCACUUCUCCCCUGGGCUCCAGUACUUCGGGCAGUCUCUGAGUGGGGGUAAGGAUCUCACAAUGGAUGGCUUGAUGGACCUGGCUGUUGGGGCGCAGGGGCAUCUUCUGCUGCUCAGAGCCCAGCCGGUGCUGAGACUGGAGGCAACCAUGGAAUUCAGCCCCAAGAAAGUAGCAAGGAGUGUGUUUGCAUGUCAAGAACAAGUAUUAAAAAACAAGGAUGCUGGGGAGGUCAGAGUCUGCCUCCGUGUCCGCAAGAACACCAAGGACCGUCUGCGCGAAGGAGAUAUCCAGAGCACUGUCACUUAUGACCUGGCUUUAGACCCUGGCCGCUCACGUAUCCGUGCCUUCUUUGAUGAGACAAAGAACAACACACGCAGGCGCACCCAGGUCUUUGGAUUGAUGCAGAAAUGUGAAACACUGAAGCUAAUUUUACCGGACUGCGUGGACGACUCAGUGAGCCCCAUCAUCCUGCGCCUCAAUUAUACACUGGUUGGGGAGCCCUUGAGGUCCUUUGGGAACCUCCGACCAGUUCUGGCUAUGGAUGCUCAGAGGUUCUUCACAGCUAUGUUUCCCUUUGAGAAAAAUUGCGGCAAUGACAGCAUCUGCCAAGACGAUCUCAGCAUCACCAUGAGUGCCAUGGGCUUGGACACUUUGGUGGUGGGAGGCCCCCAGGACUUUAACAUGAGUGUGACUCUGAGAAAUGACGGUGAGGAUUCCUACGGGACCCAGGUUACCGUCUACUACCCAUCUGGCUUAUCUUACCGGAAGGAUUCAGCAAGCCAGAACCCGCUCACCAAGAAGCCUUGGUUUGUAAAGCCUGCUGAGUCCAGCUCUUCUUCUGAAGGGCAUGGGGCUCUGAAGAGUACCACCUGGAACAUAAACCAUCCCAUCUUUCCUGCUAAUUCUGAGGUCACAUUUAAUGUCACAUUUGAUGUGGACUCUCAUGCCUCCUUUGGGAACAAACUGCUCCUCAAAGCCAUUGUGGCCAGUGAGAACAACAUGUCCAGGACCCACAAAACCAAGUUUCAGUUGGAGCUGCCUGUGAAGUACGCCAUCUACAUGAUUGUCACCAGUGAUGAGAGUUCUAUCAGAUAUCUCAACUUCACGGCUUCAGAGAUGACCAGUAAGGUCAUACAGCAUCAGUACCAGUUCAACAACCUGGGCCAGAGGAGCCUCCCUGUCAGUGUAGUCUUCUGGAUCCCUGUUCAGAUCAACAAUGUGACCGUAUGGGAUCAUCCCCAGGUCAUCUUCUCCCAGAACCUCUCAAGUGCCUGUCACACUGAGCAGAAAUCCCCCCCUCACUCCAAUUUCCGGGAUCAGCUUGAAAGGACCCCAGUGCUGAACUGCUCUGUUGCAGUCUGUAAGAGAAUUCAGUGUGACCUUCCAUCCUUCAACACUCAGGAAAUAUUCAAUGUCACCCUCAAGGGCAACCUAUCAUUUGACUGGUACAUCAAGACUUCUCAUGGUCACCUCCUGCUUGUGAGCAGCACUGAGAUCCUGUUUAAUGACUCUGCGUUUGCCCUGCUUCCAGGGCAGGAGUCGUAUGUGAGGUCUAAGACAGAGACCAAAGUGGAGCCAUAUGAAGUUCACAAUCCUGUACCACUCAUUGUGGGCAGCUCCAUUGGGGGCCUGGUGCUCUUGGCUCUCAUCACUGCUGGCCUAUACAAGCUUGGCUUUUUCAAGCGGCAGUACAAGGACAUGAUGAAUGAAGCUGCCCCCCAAGACGCCCCACCUCAGUAACGGCCUUUUCUCCAUGCAUUGACCUCCCCAGCAACAAGCAGGUCUAGAUGGUCAGACCAACACCGAAGCUGAUGGACACAUAUGUUGUUGCUGUGAUGUCUUAUACAAAAAUGGAAUGUGUGUGUGUGUGUGUGUGUGAGAGAGAGAGAGAGAGAGAAAGAGAGAGAGAGAAAGAGAGAGGGAGAGGGAGAGAGAGAGAGAGAGAGAGAGAGAAGAAAAGAGGAAGCAAGCUCUGUGUGUGGCUCACACAUUUCUUGCCUGUGACCAAUGCCUUAAAUGCAUCCUCUUGGAAGGAAAGGCAUCUCUUGGGUUUCCUAGUGUGUUAGGGAAGCUGCUAAUGGGUCCUUCUCUGGGCAAGGCUGUGGGACCCUUGUGGGUAAGCAUAGCUAAAUGCUGUGCUGUCCUCUCUGAAGGAAGUAAUAUUUCCUUGUUUGUGUGAGCUGCAGACUUGCAAGGGUUUAGGUGCUGAGAAUACAAGAGAAGUUGGAAUAGAGAACUGGAAAGCCAGCAGAGAUGUUCAGUGAAAAAUGAGACGCCUCCUACCAUCUAGUCAUUUAUUAUUUUAACAUUAAUUUAAAUAAUUGAAUCGAUUAACCCGUCAAAGUACAAAAACCAAAAGAUACUCAAGAAUGGUAAAAGGCAGGGGGUGGGGAGGAUGCAGCUCACAGCACAGUGCUCACCUGGAAUAUGCAAGGCCUUGGGCUCAGCAUGCGACAGUGAAAACCAAGGCAAAGAAAAAACAAACCAAACCAAAAAUGUAAGUGGAAAGACUCCCUUCCUAGCUGUUGGGGGUCUCUCCUUAGGGAUAUUAAAGGGUAUAUGUUUAGAAUCUAUUCCACAAAGAUUGUAGGUACCUAUAUACACACACACACACACACACACAUAUACACACACUGCUUUAAACAAGUGGUAACACAUUUUUUUACUAUUAUGAAUGUUGUCUUUUUAUUAAUAUGCUCAAAUAAAUUUAUAUAAGUUAUAAAGUAGCUCAGAGAAUUACCCUGUGAUUGUAAUGUAUUUAACAUUUAAUGUAGUCUCCUUUGGAUAUAUAAUUUCCAGCCAUUUGCUAUUAUGUACAAUGCUGAAUUAAUAAAUUGGGUAUAUGUAAAUUUUA